AGCAACUUCAAUUCCUGUCUGUGGUACUGUGUUUGGAAGUGGAGAGCGCAGGACGCUGAAUUCCCGCCUCAACUUGGUCGCUCUACAAUUAUCUUUUAAGAUAAAACUUUCGAGACUCAUUGCAACGCCAUGGGUCGCGUUCCCUUGCUGCUAGCUGUGGUCGUGUUGGUGGUGGUAGCGGCUCAAAGCCCGGUACAAGGAUCAUCGUUCACGCUCCAGGGGUUGAUAGCCUUGUUAAGGGGAGGAGUAAGGAUUGCUGACCAACUCACUGGUAUAAAUGGACAGGUGGAUCGCGGAAAUAACUGCGCCAUCAACUGGAACGUGAACAUCUACCCCGGCUUUAAAGUUCGCUGGAUGGGUGUCUGUGUGGACACGUGCACGGGGGUGACCAGCGUCUCCAAGAAAAACUCCAGAAGUGGCGCCCUCGAGCAUUGCCUGGAAGAUAUUUACACGAAGAUGGCAAGAAGAGGCCUUCUCACCGGUUAAAGAUGCAUAUAAAGUCAAUUUUUUUGUCACAAAAACCUACCAAAUGCCAGCAUAUAGUUUCAAGUAGUAU